AUGCUUUCUUUUUUGUGGAAGUCAUCAGGGACAGAAGUCUCCGAUUCACUUUUCUCCGAAGCCUAUGCAUGCCUCGAACAAGGCUUGUGUUACGAUGAAGUUGACGAUUAUGUGAGUUCUUUUCAAUUUUUUUCAACUGUUAAUAACUAAAUAAUCAAAGGAGAACACUCUAUUGAUGUACGAACGAGGCCUGAACCUGAUAAAGGAGGCCGAGAAAGCGAAAAAUGCGAAGAAAAGCGAGCUGUACAAUAAUUUGAUGGAGGCGAAGAACAGUGUGAAAAAUCGGUUUGUUUUCAUUUUUUUUAAGGAAUUUUAGGGGAAGAUAUUCAGGAUCGAGGCGUUGAAAAAGGAUGGGCCAAGGCCUAAACAACAUACUGCAAAAGAAAAAGAGGCGAAUGGAGAAGUGAAUAUACCGGAAAACAAAGAUGUGAGUUUUUUUUUGUGAAAAUUGAAGAAAAUUUGGAGAAAAUUUCCGCAUUAGAGCAAGUACUAUAGGCGUCGAAAAAAAGUUGUCAUGAGAGGAAAUGAAAAAUUUCAAAAGCUCAUAAGUUGUUUCAAAAUUCUGUUAAGUUGUUUGAAGGGUGACAUUGCAAACGACUUGAAAUUUUCUUGAUCUUCUCGGAAACUUCAAGGAGAUUCGAACAGUCCCUAGAAGUUUUCAACUAGAAAAAGUAAUCAAAAAUAUCGCAAAAAGUUUCUCAUUUUUUGUUCAAAAAUUAUUCUGAUUACAGAAAGAAGCGCUCCGAAAUCAGUUAAGCUCGUUUGGAGACGGAGAAGCUGAGCUGAUCUACUUCCUGCCCCAAGGAGUUCAACUUUUCACAAUUGAUGUAAAUUCUAUCCUCGUUUGAAUUGAACAAAAUCCCUUCAUCAGGGAGACCAAACGACGGCGCCGACGCCUCCAACUUCUUUGGAAAUUCUGCGUUUGGCCCCCGGCGACGUCGAUUCUUCCGCUUAUGAAAUGGACGAACCUUCGGCCUUCAUUCAAGUAAUUAUAAUAUAUUAUAGCUGUUAUUUUCAUCACUUUCUAGUUAGAUUUGGAAGCCGCGAAAAAGAAAAGAAUCAAGAAAUGGAAUAAAAAGAAUGAACGCGAAAAUCGUUUUCGCACGAGGAGACGUUUCUUUGCCUAGGAGAGAUCUUGAAAUAAUCGAAAAGAAUAUAAUUGAAACUAAUCAAAAGUUUAUUCAAUAAAAAAAAAGUUGCAUUUCGAGUUUGAUCAAAAAAUAAGAUAUCAGCGACACUUGAUUUUUCUAGAGCCUUGAGCUGCUUUUUCAAUAAAUAUUGUUUGGAGGUCGGCCCCUGGGUUUAUCCGUUGAUGAAGGAGAAAUCUCCGAUUCUUCGGAACGAAUUCGGAGCCUACGUUGUCCCGAAUCCAACGCCUGAAAAGCCAAGUGAGACUUUACAGACUAUUAAAGUAAUCCAUUGAAAUUAGAUAUGAUGGUGGCCAUUCUCCUUCCAAACGACUUGGACAAAAAGCUCAUUGAUGAGUUUGACGAAGUCUUGCGUUUAUUCGGAAAUCUGCGAGAUCAGGAGGUCGCCAAGGAGCUUUCCACCGAAGAGAACACCCGCCUGAGCCACCAAAUCGCUAAUUUCCUCGUUUUUAGUUAGUUUUUUAUUUAUUGAAAUGCAUUUAUGUUUUGAAGUGCAUGAAAACUUGCUAAAUUAGAAAGUUCCAGCCGGUCAACGCAUCGCCUGGGGCGUUGAAACGACGGCCGUGCACAUUGUGAGUCACGUCGAAGACCGUGGAGACAAGUGAGUACAGAAAUUAGGACAUAAACCUUAUUAUACGCCUUUCAUAACGUCAUUUACUCGAAAUUCAACUGUAUUUUGUUAAUCAAAAUACAAUGCCAGUUAUGCUUUCACUUUCAGGUACCGGCAAACCAUCGAACCAGCCCUGAAACCGAUGACCGUCUCUCCAGUGGUGAAAGGCAGCGUCGUCUACAUGCACAAGGGGUCGAAAGUCGUCGCCAAAUGCACCAAAUACUUAUGUUCGUUUUUUGGUUUCAAAAACAAGUUGGUAAAAUGAAUUCUCAUACAAAUGUAUUGAGAAAAAAAAAGUCUCGGACCCGGUAGCGAAGACCGGAUGUUUCUGAGCAAUUAUAGGGAUCAUUUAAGAGCUCUCACGCUGUGUCACUAGAAGAACCCGACACGUUCGAUUCGCCUUCGGAUCAAAAUUUUAUUUUGUCUUUAGAGCGACCUUUCAUGCACACAGUUCUCUUUGUUAAUUUUUUCUUUCUUUCUCAACCUCUUCUUUCAGUUAUUGAUUUGCCCGUUUCUGUCAAAGAAUGAUAACUAAUUUGAGAGGAAAUUGUCACUUUCUUCUAUAAUUUAAUAGUUUGUACGUUGAAAUACGUUUCAAAAAGGGAAAUUUUUUCGUAAUUUUUUUCAAUUGGAUGAACAUCCAAGAUUAUAGUAAUUUUUUAGUGAACAAGGUCGGAGACAUGGGUGUCGCAAUUGGUAAAAAACUGGCCGACAGUGCCAACAAGACUUUCGGCGAUGGAGGAACCGGCGGUCUUGUCACUGGGGCUAUAGGUGAGCUCAUUUCAAAAAACAAGAACAGUCAAUUGUUUAUAGCCAUCAUUGGCGGAGGCAUCACUGGCGCCGGAACUGUUUGGAUGUCUUUGGAAAACGGCAGCAAAACUCUUUGCAAGAGUAUCGCUAACCAGACUGUUCAGAAUGUCAAAAUCAAGUGAGUUCGGGAAAGUUGUCGUAGAAACAAAAAACUGAAAUCAUGAGGUAUAAGAAAAUAUGACUCUUUUUGAGCUCAACAAUGGAUUGAUGAAUAAAAACUGAGCUUUCAAAUGUAAAUUUUUUUAGUUUGAAAAAAAUUUGUUUAAAAUAUAGAAAUAAACAAUCCAAUUCAAGGAUAGUAUCAUAAAAUAAAUCUAGAUGAAAUGGCGACCAAGGAUGAAGAUUUUUUUUGUUUGAGUUUUCCGUUUCAAAUACUAUUCAUUUUUUAUUGAACGUUUCGAUUUAACACACUCGAAUUACCAAAAUCCUUUUUCUUUUUUUUUCUCAAUUUUUAGUUCUAACUUCAAAAAUAACAUUUUUCUUUCAAGAUACGGCGACGAAGCCUCUGAAACAACACAUCACGCCCUUCACGCCGCUGGCCACGGAAGUUUGGCAGCUUUCCAACUGUGGGACCUCGGACCAAGGAGUAUUGCUGGCAGAGUUGCCAGAAAGGCUGGCAUUCAAGUAAUUAAAGAGAUAUUCGAAGUUGAACUUCUUUCUUCUCAUUACAGAUCGUCACGGAUCUGCACGGCAAACGAGUGAAAAUCACCGAGGUCGAACCGAUCUCCGAAAAGAAGAAAAUCGAAUGA